AUGAGUGUGGAGCCGGAAUAUCACCUGAAGCAUACCAACGUAUCACGACCCCAGCUGUCACACUCGAGCUCACAACGCAGCAUUGCCGCAUCUCAAGCCGCAUCAGAAGGCUACUACAGCGCCUCCGAACACAACUCGAGCGACAGUGACGAACGAAAGCGUCUCUAUCAAACACCCACUACUCGCACACCCACACGAAGUCAUGAACAGUUGCAGACAUAUAACCAAGCCCCGGUAACAUCUCUCAGAGGCGUGGGCAUCCCAAGGGGCCAGCUCCAGCAGCCUCACGCAGCACAUCUUCAAGGUCGUCCCAUCUCCACAAUCACAGAAGAGAGACGAUCGAUGGACACCAGGCGGCGGUCCACCAUGGACUCGGAAUCGCAGGCUACGACACCUGGCCAAGACACAACUCCAUAUAUCCGUUUCGCUAUCGACCAGCUCACUCGAGAUGAGGAAGUUCGGGGAUCACGAGUGUACCCUGAGAUUCGACAGCGCGACGAAGAAGACUACCCUGUUGAGAGGAUAAUAUCAGAUGAUGGCCUGGGCUACAUGGCGCAAGAGCAGGAGACACAGAGAAGGAUGUCAGAGCACAUGUUGCCAACUUCUCAAAGACACUCGAAACGUCAUUCCAUUCCUCGAAAGCCAGUGGCUGCGCCACAGAACGUGCAGUUCUCAUCACCAGCUCCAGCAUAUGAGUCGCCCGCUCGCACACGACAACAAGCUCAGUACUACCAGCACCAAACACCAACACAAGCGCAAGCAGAACCGCUGCUACACGAUGACCCCCGCGUGCAGUACCCACAAGCCUCGGCCUUCAGUGCAGACAAGGAUGUUUUUGUAGCACACAAUCUCGAGUAUCUGCCACUCCACUUUGUUCCUGCUAUUCUCCGCCCUGUCUGGCUGGGCAUUUUCAUCUUCCUCUGUUUCCUCAUGCUGGCUGGUCUAAUUGCGUCUGCUGUCCUGUCGUUGCGAGAUGGCGGCAACGGGCUGUGGAACUACAACAGCUUUGGCGACGGACGCUACUUUGUCUUCGAAUAUCUUCCUACACUACUCGGCAUGCUCGUCUUCCUCUGGCUCAUCCAGAUCCAGACCGCUCUGCAGAGGGUCAUACCGUUUCUGUCGAUGGCAUCGGAUUCUUUCCACCAUCGCUCUGAAGCCGUCUUUCUCGAGCUGCACCCCAUGCAGUUUCUGCUACCCAGGACCGAGCACUUUCGGGCGGGCCAUCCAGCCAUUGGGACGUGCUACAUCAUCUUUUGGCUUUUCGCGUGGACAAUACCCCUUCUUGCGGCUUCUUUCAACGUUCGCUACGAUGUGGCGGGGUCCGUAUGGCGAUGGGUCGCCGUACAAGGCAUCAUCUGGACCGUCGUCGCUCUGUACAUACUGCUUGUUGUUGCUUUGGUCACUGUGUUGACCACCCUGCGCAGACCGACUGGCCUGCGAUGGGACCCGCGAUCUCUUGCCGACAUCAUCGCGCUUCUCGAGCGCUCCAACGUCAUGGCCGAAUACGAGGGUUCUGAGACGUUCGCCAAAGGCGACUGGGAUCAGCUGCGCAACCGCGCCGACCGCAUUGGGUACUGGAGCACGUCGAACCGCGCCAAUGACAUCUUCUACGGCAUUGGCGAAGAGAACGGGGAGACACGUCGCUUCUCGGUCGAAGACGGUCGUAUUCGAGAGAAGGUGUCUGAUCGAGCGUACCCCGAGCAAACGCACAAUGACGGCCCAGCCGACUUCCACAUUCGAACAGACAUCCGCAGUCCAGCGGUCCGUCUGCGCUUCCUACCCUGGUACCUGAAAGAUGGUGCGGUCAUUGCCUACAUCGUGGUUGGCAUUGUGCUCCUCGUUGCCUUUUACACUGUGAGCUACGUCAACAGCGCCGUUCGUCUUGGUUUCCUUCCUGCGGUCACAGCACGCACAAAUGCGGCUGGCUUCUCGACAUCGAACUUCCUAUACUCGUUUGUCCCCGCCGUUAUUGGACAGUUCCUGUUUCUUGCUAUUCUGUCUGUGGACUACUCGCGCCGCACGCUCCAACCAUACAUGGCAUUGUCCUCCAAGGGAGGAGCAACAGCUGAAGCCUCUCUCCUCCUCGACUACCCCUGCCGACUCCCGCUGUCCGUCACGCUCGCGGCGCUCCUAAACCGACACUUUGCCACGGCGCUCCUCUCCUUCAUCUCCCUGUGCAGCAUCACCAUCCCCGUCCUAGCCGGCGGCUGUUUCUGGACGCAGUACUACGGCAACGACAACGCCGUGCGCGUCUCAGCCGACCUGCCGGGCUACUACGCACUAUGUUUCUUCCUCGCACUCUACAUACUUGGGCUGCUCGCGCUGCUCCCCGGGCGCAAACGCGCAGCAUUACCGCACCGAAGCAACAACCUCGCCGAGACCAUCAGCUGGAUCUACCAAUCCCCAAUCCUCAGCGACCGGGCCUUCAACCGCCCGCAAACCAAGCCCGAGCUCGUCACCAAGCUCAUGGGGACCGGCUACACAGAGCGCACGUUUUCGCAAUCCGUGCGCUCGCUGGUAGCAGCCCGCGGCGACUCUCCCACAGAUCCCGCGCUGAGCAACGAAAAGAAAACGCGCCUUGUCGGCACCCCGCAGCGCGACAGCAUCUCGCACCCAGGCGCAACGCGCUACGGCUUCGGCAUCUACGUCGGCCGCGACGGCCUCGAGCACCUAGGCAUCGACCGCGUGCACCGCCGCGAGCGCCCCACGGGCCUCGUCAUCUGGGAGGAGCAGCAGGCGCAUCCGAAGAGCAAGAGUAAGCGGGGCGGGAAGAAGAGCGGGAGCGGGAGCGGGAACGGGAGCGGGAGCAGGAGCAGGAGCAGGAAAGCCAAGCGUGAUGCGAGGCAGGGCAGCGAGGGCGAGCGGAUGGUGUGA